AUGCCAGGAAUAGAUAGAGCUGAUCAAAUGAUGAGCUACUAUCCAAUGCCCAGGAAAUGCAUGCGUUGGUAUAUCAAAGUAUUUUUUCAUUUUGUGGAUGUCUGUUUAUGGAACUCCAACUACUUAUAUAAUUUACAAGUAUCAGAAACUUCCCAUCUAGAAUUUAGAAGACGAAUUAUAAGUUCUUCACUUGAUGUUCCAUUGAAUAAACGGCCAUCAUGCAGCCCUAAAUCAUUAACAACGAAUGAAGUUCAAAGUAAACCAUUACAAAAUAUACAAAAAGUUCAAAAACGAAAAACAUCAAUUGCCGGUAGUUGCGAUAAUGUGCAGUAUAGUUAUGUGGCGUAA